AUGUCUCCCACCAUGCCUACAAGCAACACCCUCUCCGCCCGCCUCCUCGACCUCACCUCUCCCCUCCAACUCCUCCUCUACUCCCUCCUCUACCUCCCCAUCACCAUCCUCUCCCACCCUACCCUUCUCCUCACCAACCCCCACAAAUUCCAAUCCCUCUGGUUCGGCGCCCUAUGGAAAUUCCUCGGCCCCCAAAUGGCUCUCUCGCCUGAACAGACACCGUACAUCGCAGGACUAUUCAACCGCGCACAGGGCACGGUGCUAGAAUUGGGUCCGGGGAAUGGUGAUCAGAUGAGGCAUCUUGUGAAUGCGGUACGGGAGGGACGGGUGGAGAGGGUUGUGGGCGCGGAGCCGAAUGCGGCGUUGCAUGAGAGGUUGUUGGGGAACGCGAGAGGGGUUGGGUUGAAUCCAGGACAAGGCAAGUAUGUUGUUCUUGAGGCGGGUGCUGAGCCAGGGAGUUUGAUUCCCGCAUUGCAUAGGGUGGGGAUGUAUCCCUCGAGUUCUUCUUCGGCAGGUGCUGGUGCAGCAGAAGGCAUCUUCGACACAAUCAUUUGCAUCAAAUCCAUGUGUAGUGCACCACAACACCAAAUGCCUGAGAUAGUGAGUACGAUCCAUGCGUUACUGAAGCCCGGUGGGGAGUUUUUGUUCUUCGAGCAUGUUGCGAAUGAUAGUGAUCUUUUGACACGGGUGUGGGCGUGGCUGUUGGGGUGGAUUUGGCCAAUUGCUAUGGGGAAUUGUCAUUUGAAUGGGAGGGUGGAUAAGGCGGUCAAGGAGUCGGGGGUGUUUGAGAGUUGUGAUGUGAGGAAUACGAAGGAGUUUAUGGGGUGGAACGUGUUUCGGUAUGUGGUGGGAGUGUGUCGGAAGUGA